AUGCUCAUGACCGAAAUAUUCGAGGAGACAUUUCGGCAUCUGGGAACUUCAAUGGCUUCAGAGGGUAUUGAUCUCCUAAGGUGUGAGCCUAAUUGCAACGUCUGGUUCUCUGAUGGGGAAUGCUUUACGACUUCCACCGACUUGGUUCACAUGAAGCAUCAAAUUGAGAAGCACGAAGGACGACAUGGAUUUGACCGGUUCAUCGCAUUUCUACAAGAGUCCCAGAGGCAUUAUGAGCAGAGUGUGAUCCAUGUGUUGAGGAAAGAUUUCCCGGGAUUUUUAUCACUUUUAAGGCCGGCCUUUUUGUCCUACAUAUUUCAACUUCACCCUUUUCACAAUGUGUGGCAAAGGGUCUCCUAUUUCUUCCAAUCCCACAAACUACGUCAAGCGUUUACUCUCGGGAGUAUGUAUCUCGGAAUGUCUCCUUUUGAAACUCCAGGGACUUAUACUUUACUUCAAUACGCCGAGCUUGCUGGCGGAGUUUGGUAUCCUCGUGGUGGUUUUCACCGAGUUGUACACUCGCUGGUCGACAUCGGCACAAGGCUAGGUGUCCAAUAUCAUCUUUCAAUCCCAGUGGAGGAAGUGACUGUGUCCUCUAAGGGUGAGGCUCUGGGAGUCUCAUUAGACUCAAACAGAUUUGUUGAAGCCGACGCUGUUGUGAUCAACGCCGAUCUACUUUACGCAUAUCGAGAGCUUCUCCCAUCAGCAUGCACUGGCCUGAAUAGGGGCAAAAACAUUUCGUGCAGCAGUAUAUCCUUUUACUGGUCACUGUCGAAGAAGGUUCCACAACUGGAAACUCACAACAUGUUCGUGGGAGAGUCCUUCGGAAACCGUUUCACACAGGUCUACGUGAAGCGACAUGAAUCAACCAGACCGUCAUUUUAUGUCCAUGUUCCCUCAAGGAUCGAUCCUUCGGCAGCACCUACAGGAAAGGACGCGGUAAUCGUUCUUGUUCUGGUCGAGAAUUUAGGGGGCUCAGAUCCGAAGCAUAACCCUUGUCAGAAAGAUGAGAUGAGGAGACUGGUGACGAAUGUGCGCGAGCAAGUGAUAUUGUCUAUUGAGAAGCGAAUAGGGAUUGUCAGAUUCAGAGAGCUCAUUGAUCAUGAGAUUAUCAACACACCAUUGACUUGGCAAGAGACAUUCAACUCGGAGGGAGGUGGAAUAUUCGGUCUCGAUCACAGCUUUUUCAAUAUACUGGCUUUUCGGCCAAAGAUCAAACAUGAGAGCAUCGACGGGUUAUACUUCGUUGGCGCCAGCACACACCCGGGAGCCGGUGUUCCCACCUGCCUGGCGGGCGCAAAACUCACCGCAGAGCGGGUCUUGGAAGAUCUAAACAUCCCGGCCCCUUGGGAGGCUCAGAAUACCAAAGGCAGACGAGCUACUCUACGACGUUUGCUUUUUAAACCUCCAUGGAAGUGUAUUAUCUUUAUUGUUACUCUUUAUGUGACUGUCGGAGUGGUUCUAGGAGGAACCCGUUCAACGUUUUGA